ACCUUCUAAGUAUCCGAAAAUGGCAAAACCCAAAACUCUCCUUUUCCUUACAACACUACUCUUUUUUGUGGUUUUUGUUAAUGCUCAGUUACCCCUCCGAACCUACAUUGUACAACUACACCCACAAAGUGAAACUCAAACCGCCUCUUUUAUCGACUCGAAGCUCAGUUGGCACCUCUCUUUUCUUGAGAGAACGGUGUCUUCUGAGGACGAUGUCAGCCCUUCUUCUCGUCUUCUCUACUCUUAUAGUUCGGCCAUGGAAGGUUUUGCAGCUCGUCUCUCUAGGUUGGAGGUAGAGUCCCUAAGAAGCUUGCAUGAUGUUAUAGCUGUUAGACCUGAUAGGAGGCUUGAGCUGCAUACUACCUACUCUUACAAGUUUUUAGGACUUGAUGCACCGGGUGUAGGGGCGUGGUCGAGGACCGGGUUUGGGAGGGGGACGAUCAUUGGUGUCCUGGAUACUGGAGUUUGGCCUGAGAGCCCAAGCUUUAGUGAUCAAGGCAUGCCUGCGCCUCCUAGGAAAUGGAAAGGGGUUUGUCAAGAAGGGCAGAACUUCAACGCUACGAGUUGCAAUAGGAAACUAAUUGGCGCCAGGUUCUUUAUUAAAGGUCAUCAUGUGGCUAAUUCACCGUCACAAUCGCCAGAUUUAAACCCCGAGUAUGUGUCACCGCGUGAUUCUUCUGGGCAUGGGACACAUACAUCAUCCACUGCUGGGGGAUCAGCAGUCCCAAUGGCGAGUGUGCUUGGCAAUGGGGCUGGCAAGGCCCAAGGAAUGGCCCCAGGGGCGCAUGUUGCUAUCUACAAAGUGUGCUGGUUUAAUGGGUGUUAUAGCUCUGACAUAUUAGCUGCAAUGGAUGUGGCAAUAAGAGAUGGUGUUGAUGUCCUCUCCCUCUCCCUGGGAGGAUUUCCCAUCCCUUUCUAUGAUGACACUGUUGCGAUUGGCAGUUUCCACGCAGCGGAAAAGGGCAUUUCAGUCGUCUGUGCAGCAGGAAACAACGGACCUAUCAGCAACUCAGUUGCCAAUGAAGCACCCUGGGUUACCACUGUCGGAGCAAGUACCCUUGAUAGAAGAUUUCCCGCUUUUAUCAGAAUGGGAAGCAGGAGAUAUCUCUAUGGGGAAUCGAUGUUCCCAGGAAAUCAUUUCCCAAGGGCAGAGAAGAAGCUUGAAGUAGUCUAUAUAACAGGAGGUGACACAGGAAGUGAAUUUUGUCUUGAAGGGUCCCUUUCUCGAGCAGAAGUUGCUGGUAAAAUGGUCGUAUGUGAUCGAGGAGUAAAUGGAAGGGCAGAGAAAGGUGAGGUUGUGAGGAGAGCUGGAGGGGCUGCAAUGGUUCUAGCAAACACAGAGAUAAAUCUUGAGGAAGAUUCAGUCGAUGCUCACGUUCUGCCUGCUACUUUAAUCGGAUUUUCAGAAUCAGUUCAAUUAAAGAGUUACAUCAACUCUACAAAACGACCAACAGCAAAGAUUCAUUUUGCAGGGACUUUCACAGGAAGAUCCAGAGCACCAGCCGUGGCACGUUUUUCAUCUAGGGGACCGAGCUUGAACAACCCUUCAAUCCUCAAGCCAGAUGUGAUCGCGCCAGGUGUAAAUAUUAUAGCUGCCUGGCCCCAAAACUUAGGCCCCACCGGCCUUCUAGGAGAUUCUAGAAGGGUUAAUUUCACUGUCAUGUCAGGAACUUCUAUGUCUUGUCCUCAUGUCAGUGGCAUUACUGCUCUUAUCCGUUCUGCUCACCCAAGUUGGUCCCCUGCUGCAGUCAAAUCUGCACUUAUGACAACAGCAGAUGUAACUGACCAUUAUGGAAAGCCAAUCAUGGAUGGAAAUCUUCCGGCAGACUAUUUUGCUAUGGGUUCUGGACACAUCAAUGCAGGUAAAGCAGUCGAUCCAGGAUUAGUAUAUGAUAUCAGACCAGCAGACUACAUCACACAUUUGUGCAGUCUGGGAUACACAAGAUCUGAUAUCUUCAUAAUUAGUCGCAGGAACAUAAGCUGCAAAGAAAUGCUACAGAAAAGCAGGGGAUUCAGUUUAAAUUAUCCUUCAAUCUCUGCCAUUUUCAAGGGCAGUGAGACAGUGAAGGUGAUAGAUAGGAGAGUAACUAAUGUGGGCAGACCGAAUUCCAUUUACUCAUUGGAAAUUAGAGCUCCCAAAGGAGUCAGAAUUGUAGUCAAACCGAAGCGGUUAGUAUUUCGAAGCAUCAAUCAAACAUUGGGCUAUAGAGUUUACGUUAUAGCCACCAAAGGAGCAAAGCCAGUUAGCUCUGCUCAAGGAGAAUUGCAGUGGGUGCACUCUCGUCGCCUCUACAAGGUUAGAAGCCCAAUCACAGUGUCUUGGGAAAGCAGGAAAUCGUAAAUGAAGGAUAAUUCUCGAGCUUGAUAGUCAGGCAGAGACAUAGAAGCGCAUCUAUUCUUGAUAAUUUAAAUUUCGAAGCUACCAUGUCGAAGU